AAAUUCAUUGUUUCAAAUUUAUUUUAGUUUUGAUGGAAGAUUGCAGCGUGGAAGUAAACAUUUUAUUUUUUGCUAAGAGUAAAGAACUUACUGGAAAAUCUGUUGAUGUUGUUAACCUAAAAAAGAGUAAUUGUCUUGACAACCUUCUAAAGGAAAUUAUACACACAUACCCUGCCCUAAACAUUUUAAAGGGUAGAUUUAUAAUUGCACAUAAUCAAGCAUACUUGAGAGAUACUAAAGAAGUUGUCAUUUUGGAAACUGGUGACGAAAUUGCUAUUAUACCACCUAUAAGCGGUGGUUGA